AUGCCAAUUAGACUGUUCUCGAUUGGAGCCAACACGUCAAUAUUUAAGAUGCCAAAGAGGACAUUCAAAAAGAAGCAUGCCAAAGGUAAAGGCUUUGAUAAGAGACAAAGCAAGAAUUCUCAAGAAAGUUGGUCUGAUGCACCAAGAGAAAACGAAGUAUGGGAAACCUAUUACAAAACCAUGAAUAUUAUACCUCAAAGUGAAUGGGACGACUUCAAAAAAGCAUGCCAGUCAAAUUUACCAAUGACGUUCAGGAUUACGGGGAAUAGGAAGCAUGCGGAGGAAAUACGUAAUAUUUUUCUCAAUAGACAUGUAAGCAAACUUGAAGGUCAAACUUUUGAAGGAAUUGAUAUAACUCCCAAAAACAUCGAGUUUUAUCCUGAUAAAUUGGGAUGGCAAAUUGAUGUUAGCAAGCAAGUUAUUAAAAAACAAAAGGAUUUUGCCAAAACUCAACGAUUUCUCGUGUUGGAGACCGAGGUGGGGAAUAUCAGUCGACAAGAAGCGGUGUCUAUGAUCCCACCUUUGCUCCUAAAAGUGAAGCCAGAGCACUACGUAUUGGACAUGUGUGCUGCUCCCGGGUCCAAAACGGCACAGUUAGUUGAAGCGUUGCACGCCAAUGACGAAACAGCCUUACCUACUGGGUUUGUUUUAGCCAAUGACUCUGAUUACAAAAGAAGUCAUAUGUUGGUGCAUCAAGUAAAGAGAUUAAACUCGCCGAAUUUCUUGGUAGUUAACCACGACGCUCAAUUAUUCCCACGUAUACAUUUGAACGGACGUCGCGAACACUUGAAAUUCGAUAGAAUUUUGUGUGAUGUUCCAUGCUCGGGUGAUGGUACAAUGAGAAAAAAUAUCAAUGUCUGGAGAGAUUUUAGAGUUGGGAAUGCUCUUGGUUUGCAUCCUUUACAAUUCAAUAUCUUGAAUCGUGGAAUACAGUUGUUGAAGCCAGGUGGGAGACUUGUUUAUUCUACGUGCUCCUUGUCUCCAAUUGAGAAUGAGGCCGUUGUUGCAGAGGCUUUGAGAAAAUGGGGGAAGAAAGUCAAGCUUGUUGACGUUGAUCAAGAAUUGCCUGGGUUGAAAAGAUGCAAGGGAUUAACUGACUGGAAAGUUUUUGGUAAGGAUAUGGAAAUUAAAGAAAGGGGCCAAACUGAACUACCAAACUCAAUGUUCCCCCCAACUGAAGAUGAGAUUAAGGAAUUUCAUUUGGAGAAUUGUGUAAGAGUUUACCCUCAUUUGCAAAAUACCGGAGGCUUUUUUAUUACUGUUUUUGAAAAAGUUGACCACGAGUCAAACAAAAGAGGGGGCGAGGAACUGGAGUUUGAUGUCGAAAGUGGAUCAAAAAGGCAAAAAACAACCCAGAAUGAUUUGGAAACUGCAGAGUCAACUCCCCAACCCAACACCGCCUCAACGGCAACCACAACAACAGAGGAACAGCCAAUAUACAAAAAACAAAAGCUUCCAAGAGAUGCAAAUGAAGAACCAUUCAUAUUUCUCAGUCCAGAUAAUCCAAAGUUAGCUGAAUGCUUCCCAUUCUAUGAUUUCUCGAGUUCAUUUAAUAGAGAUUGUACACUCGUUCGAAAUGCCACUGGAGAACCAUUGAGAACCGUAUAUUACACAUCUCCAAUGAUUAAGGAAAUACUUACAAUUAAAGAUCAAAAAUUGAAAUUGGUUCACGGUGGUAUCAAAUUAUUUGUGGCGCAAAGAAGCGACAUUGGCACUUGUCCAUGGAGGAUACAAACCGAAGCCUUGCAUACGGUUGAGCAUUUUAUUGGUGACAAAAGACGUUUGAGAUGCAACUUAAAAUUGUUGGAGUACUUAUUUACUAAUGGAUUUCCUAAAAUCGAAGAAGUUCGGGAAUCAGGUAUAGAUUCUGAAUUCUCCAAGAAUUUGGAUACCAAGGAAGAAGGUUGUUUAUUCUUGGAAGUUGAACGUAGAGGUGAAGGUUUAGAAAACUUGUUUUUACCUAUAUGGAAAGGGAAAAGCAAUAUAAAUCUCAUGGUUAGUAAAAAAGAUACACAUGAGUUACUCUCUAGAGUUUUUGAUAUUGAAACCUCCGCCAAAGAUGCUGGCAAGGAGUUUGCUCAUCAACAAAAGGUAGAAGCGGCCAAGAAGGCAAGAGAAGAAGCUGAUAGUAAAGGGGGUCAAGACUCUGCAGAGAAUGAAGUAGAAGAUGAGAUAGUUGAGAAAGCUACCCUUGCUGGAGCAGAGAACGAAGUAGAAGAUGAGAUAGUUGAGAAAGCUACCCUUGCUGGAGCAGAGAAUUAG